GGGUACGGAUCAAGUUGAAAAUGUCUAAUUUUAAAUUGAGCAUGAUUUUACUCCGCCUAAACUCGACUCGAUCCAUUGCCAGUCCUACCCUGUCCUCGUUUGAUUUCGUUCGUAUCGUUACCGUAAUCCCGUUGUCUGUAGUAAAUGCAUCUUCCCCUCCGAUCCCCAUCCAACGGCUCAGACGCGCUCGGCCGGCCGUCCACGCGCCGCUUGGGCCAAACAAAACCGUCUCGCCGCGACUGGCUGGCUGACUCACUGACUCCCCGUCCCCACCACCUCCACCUCCCUCCAAGUCUCGGUGCGCACUCCCCCGCCUCGCCGCCACGACAACCGCCCCGCCGCCGCCGCCUCCCUCGCCGCGCCCGGCUCCCACCCCCACCUCGCCAUGCAGGCCCGCGUCGUCGUUUUCCCCGUCAAGGGCCGCGCCUGGUGCUUCGCCUGCCCGCGCGCCUCCGCCGCCGCAUCCGCUGCCUCUGGCGGCGAUGGCGCCCUUCCGCCGACGACUACUCUGAAGGACCUCUGGCGCGGCAUCGCCUCCGGCGGCCGCACGGCUCCGGAGAACGCCGAGGCCGUCGUUGACUUCGUCGCGGAUAAGAUGAACCGGGCGUGGAUCGGGUUCGGGAGCGCGCCGGAGGGGUCGAUGAAGAGCCGGAUCCACAGCUUCGGGCUGAAGCUGCUCUCGCGUGUGCGGCCGUCGGAGGUGCUGUUGAAGUCGGUGACGAAGGAUGUAAGCACGCUAGAGAUCGUGCAUCCGGCGAGUAUAAAUCCUCGUCUUGUGCGUCGACGGUUGCGGCAUAUCGCUGUUAGGGGUGCAUCAGUUCACAGGAACUUUCUCUAUGGCUCAGUUUGUUUGCUUCCAGUUACUAGUGUUUUCAUGGUACUACCUUUACCAAACAUACCAUUUUUUUGGGUGUUAUUUCGUGCUUAUUCACAUUGGAGAGCUCUACAGGGAAGUGAGAGGCUCCAGUUGCUAGUUUCUGACUGCUCAGAUAACUGGAAAGUCCUUGAGAAGAAGAAAGAGAUUAGUUCAGAAAGGGAUGGCAGCCCCUGUGAAAAUGCACAGUAUGCUCCUUGGAAUUUGCGAUCAUCGAAAGAGCUUGAUGGGUUUCUCAAAAGGGGAAACUUGGAUGAAGGCUUGGACUGUGAUACCCUUUCGAGCAUAUGCAAGGAGUAUGAUCUGGACAAGAUUGAUGUUCUCAAGUACAGGGAUCUGCCGUAACCACAUCCAGAUCCUUGCUCUGAAGUUUUUUCCAUUAUCCACUGAUGUUUGUACGGUAAAAUUCUUCUACUAGUGAGAUCAAGCUUAAGGGUACAGGAGUUGCACGGACCACUAACAAUUGGUGAUCAAAUGCGGCUUUUUUUUGACAGCAUCGAGUGUUCUAGUUAUUCUUGAAAUCAGUCUGCUGCUAUUUUUGUAAGCUGAGAAACAAAGAGCACAUACAAAACUGUAGGAACCCAGGGUGAUUUGUUAUUGUUCCCACCGUGUAAAUAGAGGUGGUGACAUUUUGCUACCUGCCUAGCUCUUCCGUUUCAACUCCUGUCAGAAUUUGCAGCUUUGAAUUGUGAACAAUGAAGCCAAAAGUAGGGUUGAGAUUGACCAUUAA